ACCAACGCACCAGGACAGAAAUUAAAGCUUCGAAGAAAGCUGCUAGUGGAUUUGACAGUGGCGUUGCAAUCGAUGCAGUUGUACGCAUAUCAGUGUAUUUAAGGACAAAAUGGUUUGCCAGAACAAGCAAUGAGAGCAGAGCAUAUGAUCGAAAGCAACUGCUAGCUGUAGACAAAGUUGUGAGAUAACAGAGAACGCCUACAGCAGAAAGCAAUGAUCUGUAGAUAAUUUCUGGCGUGAAAAUUGGUGUUACAACAUUGAGCGAAUGAAAGAUUAAGUAAAAAUUGUGAGGCUGAGAAAAUGGAUUUUUUCUAAUGCUCCGAUUGUUUGAAGAGGGUCUGAUUCUGCAACGAUGAAGUCAUAAAAAUCUAUAUAGUGAUCAUCAUUAUUUAUCCGGCUAACGUACCAUCUAUGUGAGGCUGUUUUCUACAUGGCACGCCCGUUUCUAUUGGAUUAGAGCGUCACCCUCAACAGUAUGACAUUCAACUGGUGUCGCUUAAAGUUAGACGAUACUGGCGGUGAGCAGGGCAAAUAGUUGCUAAAGCAAGUAAAGAUCUAUCGAAUUCAACAUUUCUACGACGUUAAGCUUUUAUCAUUGACAAGUCAACAAUAUCUGAGGUUGUGUUUUUCCAAAGUUGGUAGAAAGGACAAUGUAUUGGCGGCAGCCUACUCGAUACAGACAGUGCCAUGGAACACAAGCAUGAAAAUAGAACAGAGAUCAAAUAUUUGAAAAACGCACACGAAGGCAAUACGAGUUUAUAUUCCAGUCAUAAUACAGAUAUCAGAACAUUGAACAUAAAUCUUUGGUUCUAGGACAGUAGCAAUUGUUGGCUAAGUAAAAAAUUCGAACGCCAACUACAGAAUUUAUGAGUGACAAUUUUCAGGAAAAACCAGCCAACCCAAUUGCUAUUGAAUAUUAAAAUGGAGAUGUUGAGUAACUCGUCAAAUGGGACGACACAAAAAAACCUUGCAUCUGUGCAACGUUCUACCAAUGUUUACUACGGAUUGAAUUUAUAUGACUAUAUUUUGAUUGCUAUAGCUGUUUGUAUAGUAAUCAUGAACAGUUAUGUUGUUUCAGUGUUUCUUCGUAAAAAAAACUUGCGAAGGAAUUCAAGCCUGCUCUUACUCAGCCUGGCAUUGGCAGAUCUUUUUACAGGACUGGUCACUGUUCCUCUUAUAAUAGCAGGGACUGUAUUAAGACAAAUCGACUUCAAUCGGUUUAUAAUUGUGUUUCUGUUAGGCGACGUAGCAACUGUAUUAUCCGCAUCCCUCACUAUUCUAAGUUUAUGCGCUAUAACAAUGGACCGUUACGCGCGCCUUUGCUUUCCAGUGCGACAUUUCGUGUUACUCCAACGUCAACGAGUCAUAACUGUAUUUUGUAUGAUUUGGGUCGUGGCCAUUUCUUAUUCUCUGAUUCCAUUUGCCUGGCUUCACAUGAUUCUGCAAGACAACCCAUCAGAAGAAACAUACGAAGCAGUUAUAUCACAUGAUACAAGAUACGCAACUGCUGGAGCCAUCAUCUUCAUAGUGCCAGUGUUGGGCCUAACUGCUGCGUUUACGCAUAUGUUCUACGCAAUUCAAAAGCUCGGUAGCAACGAGCGCAGACGAUCAAUUAGGCAAUAUGAAGAGUCAUUGCGGCGCAAAAGGGAGCGGAAAGCAGUUAUUAUAUUUGUACUUAUGUUUGCGGCAUUUGUCAUCUGCUGGGCACCAUGGAUCAUACUUAGGCCCUUUAGUGAUGACGUCUUCUCCAAAAUCCCGGUUCACUUCCUAAAUGUGGCUAUGCUGAUUCGGUUUCUUACAUCUAUAUUCAAUCCACUUAUGUACACGCUUCAAGAAGCUGAGUUUUCUCGGGCAUUUAUGUUAGACAAGAACAUAUUGGUGGCCUUUUUUCGAUGUCAGUCUUAUAAUAGUAGAAGGGGGACUUUCUCAGGGGAAACGGAUAGUUUUUACAAGAGAUCGUUCCUAAAGUCGAGUGGAAAAGGUAGUUCGAUACAAAAGGAUGAAAGCCACCAUGAACCUGCGAAUAUUGUGUACUCACCCGUCGUUCACAAUGGACAUUUGCAUCCAGGCGAUUUGCAACGUGAAAAUAUAAAGCUUCAGUCACUGAAACAAAGAGAAGUAGAGAACGAUCAAAACCUUCUCGACUUUCCAUACGAAGGCACAAAGCUUUUACCGCAGUUAGUGCUGCGUGAACCAAGCCUGGUGAACAUAUCUGCUGUAAAUGACCCAUCUGGAGAAGAAAAUUCAAUAAAUGCUGAUGAAGUCAGCGGUACAACUGACAGAUUCAAAGCCCAGAUUGAGUUACCAAAAAAACUUAUGACUCAAACAAGCAUAUACGAUAACGUAGAAAACAUCUCGAAAUGUGAUGCCAAAACUGAAUCAGUAAUGUUCAAAGCAUCGGAGGACAUUCUCGCGUUCAAAGACUGGGGCAAUAAUGAAGCAUUUACUGAUGAAACCGAGAAAAUGCUACAAGACGGUUGGGGCUUUGGCAGUGGGGACUGCACGACAACGCAUAAACCGGCACUAGAUGCCCAUGUGGAGAAUAUUAAAAAUGACAGGACGCAAAAAACUGCUGAGCUACUGAAGAUAUCAUUCAUAGGAAAAUUAUUUGACGCUAACAAUUUGCAAUCUCAGGUGACACGAGCAUAGAACGAAGGAGACAAAGGUAGCAAUUAUAAAAUGUUUGUAAGAUUUUGCUUUUGUUAGAAAAUACUCUUCAGGUUCUUCGUGUAGGAGUAAACUGGCAUAAAUCACUUUAUGUUCAUUAGUGACGAUAGAAAAAUCUUUUCUCGGGUAUGAGUAAUUAAUGACGUUCAUAUGAAUUUAUAUGCUGUUUCAACAAUGUUGGAAGGAAGUGCUAAUAAGCUACAAGGGGCGAUCGUACAUUAAUGCUUCUUAAAAAGUAUUUGUAUUACAAUUACACCAUACUGUUGGAUUUUACAGAAAUAUAGAAAAAACAGUCCAGAAAAGACAUCAAAUUGGCAAAUGAGUUUUUACCUGUGAACCGUCCUAACUUAAUGGUCAAUACUUUGAUGCCCACCUUAAUUGAUUGAUACCUGUAUGAAGGAAACAAGUCAUCAAACGUUUGAUCGUUUUCAAAUGCUUAACAAGUCUUUAACUUGAUCAGUUAUGAAGCCCUUUCAAAAAUCAGUUAUAAGUGUCCUGAUUAAUUGUGAUCUACUUUUAGAUUGUUUUGCUUAUGAUGCAUUAAACAUUGUAGAAUCCCUAAGCAAAUUAUAGAGUUGGAAUAAUAAUCAAUCGUAUAAUCUACAAAAAUUGUCAUCGAACUACAACAAUUGCUUACCGUAGUUUUAUACAAAAGUGCUUCUGAAGAUACAACAUCCAUUUUUUGUAUUUAUCUUUUGAGCAUGUGGCCGUUUUGUAGAAUAUAUCUACUGAUUUGAUAACAAAUAAAUAAAUGUAAAUAAAGUAAGAUAGGGUUGAAAUUCCAGUUUCUCCAAAAUGAAAUUGAACCAGCUAAACCUCCUUUUCCAUUUCGCCUAAUAAUAGACCAAAAUAUUUUACGAAAGUCAAAUUUAAUGCUAAAAACUUUUAACGAUCACCAAGCACCAAUUACUAUCCCCUUGGCCCUGUCUGGGAAUAGAACAGAGACACAUCUAUAUAUAUUUAGGGAUGCACUCAAAGAGAUCCAUCGUUAAUAAAAGUCUGUUCAAGGAAUAAUACCGUAAAAGCUCUAUUAAGUCUCCCUCUCUAUCAAGCAAAAACUUUAAAUAAGCCCCCUCUAUAUUGAGCCCCCCUCUCUAUUAAGCCCCCCAUUUUAACCUUUGAUGUCAAACAUAGAAAACAUGUGCAUUUAGUGGGUCUCUUGAAGGGUGUGACGAUAAUAAGAUCGUGUGCAUUAAAUACGGCCUAUGUAAAGACUAACUUGUGUGACAUAGUAGUCAGUUGAAUUUAUUUUGAAUAUGUCCAAGGGUUGGUUAUCAAUUUAUCCUGGUGAUGUUGAUGAAGAUGAGGACCUUAUAAUAGAUUGAUUAAACUUUCGAAGCUGCUAGCGAAGUUUUCUGAGAACAUUUGUAUGACGUUUUUAUAAAAAAAUAGACAAGGGAAUUUUUGAAACAUUACUUACUUCAAGUUUUUAAUUAGCCCCCUCUCUAAUAAACCCCCCUCUAGGACUGACAAAAUAAAUAAGCCCCCAGAGGGCUUAAUAGAGAUUUUACGGUACCUUCGAAACGCAAAAAAUCAUAUUGAUCCUUUUUUUAAAAAGAGAAGAAUUGUUUUUAUGAAGAUAAUCAACUUGUUCUUAUCAAGUAAAGGCACCCUUGAAAUCUGUUUUUUAUCACGUACGUGGCGAAAUUACAUACAGGCGCUGAUCUAAUUUCUUGCAAUUUUUUUUAAGGCAGUUGGCGAUAAAAAAGUUUUUUUGCCCCUAAGUGAAAGCCUUUGCUCUUUUGCAAACGUCCACUCACAUUGAUUUAAAUAACUUUUUUGAAGAAAAUUGGGUAUGAAAUAGAUGGCUUCAAAAAGGGUGCAGUACAUGUGGAAGCUACAUCGCAAAGCUUGAGGGGUGUUUCACUCUUUCAUAAAAGCGUACGAGA